AUGGAGGUGGUGGUGCGUGUGGAGCCGCCGAUUUUGGUGCUCCUGCUCCAUCCUCGCCCUUCCCCUCGCGAGAUCCUGGUGGAGGGGGCCGCGGCGAUGGCAAAAGAGGUGCGGGCGUUGAUGGCGCCUUUUGGAAAAGGACCGUUGCGGAGCCCCGUGGUGGCGACCUGUGGGGUCCUCGAGCAUCUCAUUUCCCCGCUGGAGAUGGCGGCGCUUUCCCACUUCACCGGAGAGGCGGUUUGCCGGGCGGUAGCGGAACUCCACGCGGAGCUCCGCGCCCUUCAUCCACGAAGCUCCAUCGGAUGGCUACGGUGGGAUCCCGACGGGGGGCUUUACGGGAAUGCGAUUCGCGACCUCCUUCCGGAUACCGCCCGUCGAUUGACGCGGCUGAUGCGGGCCACGAGGAUGACGAAAACGUACGGCGUCGAUGCCGAUCACUGGGUGGCUAUUGAUUCCGGAAUCGUGCAUGUUAGCCUUCACCACGAAGAGGUCUUGGGCGUCGUGAUUCAGGGUAUCCCACAGCUCCAGGCUUGUCUAGAUUUCGUUGCUCGCCUUCAGAGGAUUGUGCUGUGA